AUGAAUCGACCAGCUGUCGGACCCCAAGCCCUACGUGGCCUGCCACCAAACGGCUUCACAUCUCAACAACACAUUCCCCAGAACAGGAAUAUAUCGAGCAGGGUGCCGCCUGGAGGAAAGAUGGCUAGCAAUGGGGCAACCUGGGGAUUUGGCGCGGUACCUAUGGGAAGCGCAGGACUUGGGAAUCCACGCUCUAAUAACCCCAUGGCGAGUUUUGCGCAGACGAUUGGAGGCUCUUCACAACCUUCGACGCCCCUGGAUCUGUCCGAAUUCCCGUCUUUAUCAAACAACCAGGCCCAACCUAGCCAAGCCGCAUGGGCUGCGUCUGGAAACCGGAAUCUUGGGCCCUCGGCGAAUAUGCGACUUCAGCAACAGCCGGGCAUAUCAUCUCAACAGCAACUGAACAACCAACAGCAGACACAGCAGCAGCACGACGACCUGUUCAGCCCAUCUUCGCAACUGCCGAGCGGUCAGGGAGGGUUUCGAUUUGGGAACCAAAACGCGGUUGGUCAGGCCUCGCAGUCCAAUCCGGUGGACGAAUUCCCGCCUCUGAAUCGGAAUGCGAACGGGGAAAUAGGCCAGGAUCGGAUAUCGAAUGCCGGCUUUGGUGCUCAGCAGAACGGAUUGGGUUUUGGGUCCGCGAAUCCUCCUCAGCAAAGCCGGAACAACGGCCUGCUGAGCGCGUUAUCGGGGAGCAGUCGAGUAACUUCGGGAAAUCGGGUUGCUUCACCAGGAAGCAUAUCUGGCCUUUCGAAUUCGAGAGCUGCGAUUGAAUCGAGUCGGCAAGGACAGGGUGUGGCUGAGAACAACGCGAACAAAUUUGCAAGCGCGCAGUUCAACUCGUCUAUACAACAACCUCAAGCCCAACCUCAACGAGAAGAAAACAAAAUACCGUCGCCCAACAUGUCCCGGACGGACGUGCCACCGCAGCAAGAAGCGGCGCGCUCGCAAAACAUAAACUCCUCUGUCAGCUCUUCACACAGCAAUGCGGAUGAAUCUGGUCUCGAGGUUCAGGAUCCGCUGCCUGGCAUGACCGAGAUGGAUAGGUGGGGUCUCAAAGGCUUCUCAUUCAUGAUGAACAACUUCCCCGACUAUGCCGCGCUGGUAACAGGGACUGAAAUGGCAACCUUUGGGCUCGACUUGAACUCUUCCGAAAACAUCUCGUCUCAAGGCUUCUCUCUCUGGGACAAUGAACAACCUAGACCCAUGGUUCCUCGCUUUACGUUGCCCGAGUGCUACACAGUCGAAAAUAUCGCACAGCUUGAUACCAAGAUGGACAACCUGAACGACGAGGCGUUAAUCUUCAUGUUCUACAGCAACCCAGGAGACCUCCACCAACUUAUGGCUGCUCAUCAACUUCAUCACCGUAACUGGCGCUACCACAAGAAGCUGCAAUUGUGGCUGACCAAAGACGACGUAAUGGUUCCUCAGCCAUUAGGAAAUGGUACCGAACGUGGCUAUUACAUCUUCUUUGACAUCAAGCAAUGGCACCGAGAGCGACGCGAGUUCACUCUUAUCUAUGAUGAUUUGGAGAACCCCCAAGCCAUCGCGAAUUUCUCUCGAACUGUUGUUUAA